AUGAGCAUCCCUUACACCGAGCCAGAACCAAUUAGCGUCCACCAGACCGAGCCAGACACCAUCAGCAUCCCCCAGACUGAGCCAGACACCAUCACCAUCCCCCAGACCGAGCCAGACACCAUCAGCAUCCCCCAGACCGAGCCAGACACCAUCAGCAUCCCCCAGACCGAACCAGACACCAUCAGCAUCCCCCAGACCGAGCCAGACACCAUCAGCAUCCCCCCAGACCGAGCCAGACACCAUCAGCAUCCCCCAGACCGAGCCAGACACCAUCAGCAUCCCCCAGACCGAGCCAGACACCAUCAGCAUCCCCCAGACGGAACCAGGCACCUUCAGCAUCCCCCCAGACCGAGCCAGACACCAUCAGCAUCCCCCCAGACCGAGCCAGACACCAUCAGCAUCCCCCCAGACCGAACCAGACACCAUCAGCAUCCCCCAGACCGAGCCAAACACCAUCAGCAUCCCCCCAGACCGAGCCAGACACCAUCAGCAUCCCCCAGACCGAGCCAGACACCAUCAGCAUCCCCCCAGACCGAGCCAGACAUCGCCGGCAUCCUCCAGUCUGAGGCGGAAGAUUGCCCUCCGAACAAUAAUUCCUCCCCUAAACAAAGAAGACAUAGCAGCGAGCCUAUUCCUGAUAUUAGGGAGCGCCGGGUGCCAAAUUAA